AUGACGCAGGCGCAGCUGACGCCAAACGAUGUUUGUACAGCAAAUAACAAGAAUAAAAUCGACGUCACGAAGCGCUGGUCAACACAGCAACUCAAUCGCAAUGGUAGUGAUGUGGCCAGCUAUCAUCUGCUGCCAUCAUCUGCUGCCAUCAUCUGCUGCCAUCAUCUGCUGCCAUCGUCUGCUGCCAUCAUCUGCUGCCAUCGUCUGCUGCCAUCGUUUGCUGCCAUCGUCUGCGCCAUCUCAUCCCGGCGGUAUUCCUCCGCCGCAUCGCCGCCGCACCUCCACAUCCCGGCGGUAUUCCUCCGCCGCAUCGCCGCCGCACCUCCACAUCCCGGCAGUAUUCCUCCGCCGCGUCGCCGCCGCACCUCCACAUCCCGACCUCGUGAGGCCCUCGCUAUCAGUCGUGAGGCCCUCGCUCUCAGUCGUGAGGCCCUCGCUAUCAGUCGUGAGGCCCUCGCUCCCAGUCGUGAGGCCCUCGCUCUAAGUCGUGGGGCCCUCGCUAUCAGUCGUGUCUCAGUCGUGGGGCCCUCGCUAUCAGUCGUGAGGCCCUCGCUCUCAGUCGUGGGGCCCUCGCUCUCAGUCGUGGGGCCCUCGCUAUCAGUCCUGAGCAUUGAGCUGCCUCAGCAGCGAGCUGACUCCGCUGAAUGCGAGCUGAAUCAGCUGAGUCAGCAUGGCGCUGUUAUCUCUCCAUUAGCGCGCUAUCAGAGGGCGACCAUAGGGCGGCCCUCAGGCGCGCCUUUUGGUUUUAUCGGCUUUGCCGCCGCCCCUCCACAUCCCGGCGGUAUUCCUCCGCCACGUCGCCGCCGCACCUCCACAUCCCGGCGGUAUUCCUCCGCCGCACCGCCGCCGCACCUCCACAUCCCGGCAGUAUUCCUCCGCCGCAUCGCCGCCGCACCUCCACAACCCGGCGAUAUUCCUCCGCCACGUCGCCGCCGCACCUCCACAUCCCGGCGGUAUUCCUCCGCCGCAUCGCCGCCGCACCUCCACAUCCCGGCGGUAUUCCUCCGCCGCAUCGCCGCCGCACCUCCACAUCCCGGCGGUAUUCCUCCGCCGCAUCGCCGCCGCACCUCCACAUCCCGGCGGUAUUCCUCCGCCGCAUCGCCGCCGCACCUCCACAUCCCGGCGGUAUUCCUCCGCCGCAUCGCCGCCGCACCUCCACAUCCCGGCGGUAUUCCNCAUCCUCGCGAGGCCCUCACCCCCAUCCGUGAGGCCCUCGCUCUCAGUCGUGAGGCCCUCGCCCUCAUCCGUGAGACCCUCGCUCUCAGUCGUGAGGCCCUCGCUCUCAGUCGUGAGGCCCUCGCUCCCAGACGUGAGGCCCUCGCUCUCAGACGUGAGGCCUCGCUCUCAGUCGUGAGGCCCUCGCUCUCAGUCAUGAGGCCCUCGCUCCCAGUCGUGAGGCCCUCGCUCUCAGUCGUGGGGCCCUCGCUCUCAGUCGCGAGGCCCUCGCUCUCAGUCGUGGGGCCCUCGCUCUCAGUCGUGAGGCCCUCGCUCCCAGACGUGAGGCCCUCGCUCUCAGACCGCACCACCAGCGCAUCACCAGCGCACUACCAGCGCACCACCAGCGCACCACCAGCGCACCACCAGCGCACCACCAGCGCACCACCAGCGCACCACCAGCGCGCCACCAGCGCAUCACCUGCGCGCCACCAGCGCACCACCAGCGCAUCACCUGCGCGCCACCAGCGCAUCACCAGCGCGCCACCAGCGCAUCACCUGCGCGCCACCAGCGCACCACCAGCGCACCACCAGCGCACCACCAGCGCACCACCGGUGCACCACCAGCGCACCACCAGCGCACCACCAGCGCACCACCAGCGCACCAGUCCCCCGAGACACCAUCAAAGGCUGCAGUAA